AUGGAAACGGCGGUCCGGGCCGCCAUGGGCGCCUUGGGAGGGCAGCCAGCGCGGCCUUGGACGUUCUGCAAGGCGGCUUCACAGCAGCUUCAGCACCUGACCUCCCUCUGUGGAACGGCACACUUCGGCUGCGGAAUUCGAGUCGCUCCCUCCACGCGCCUAAUCCUCGCUCCCUUGUUGCUUGGUUUCGGGAUGCGCGACGGUGGGAGCGAACUUGCUGAUGUUGUUUCUGCAGCCUUGGUGCGACCAGCUGACGAGGUUGAGAAGCAAGCCACCAACGCAUCCCAAGCCGCUGAUUCAGAAGUUGCUGAUUCCGAAGCCGCUGAUUCCCAAGCCGCCGCUGAUUCCCAAGCCGCUGAUUCCCAAGCCGCCGAUUCCCAAGCCGCUGAUUCCGAAGACGGUGAUUCCGAAGCCGCUGAUUCAGAAGCCGCUGAUUCCGAAGCCGUUGAUUCACAAGCCGCUGAUUUCGACGCUGCUGAUUCAGAAGCCGUUGAUUCCAAAGCAGCUGAUUCCGACGCUGCGGAUUCCGACGCUGAUUCUGUUGCAGCAGAUUUCGUCACAGCAGGUUCCGUCGUUGCGUCGUGGCGAGCGCACGCGUGGUUGCAUUCCGCGGCGGCGUGA